UUUUGUGACAGUGUCCUAAAACGAGUCAUAUUCAUUUCACAUUAUGGAGAACCCGCGCAGAACAGAAAAAAUAGAUGAAGAAUUCAACAAUUUCAUGUUGAAAGUGAAUGAAGUUGAGAGCAUAGUGAAAAAGCUCGCAUCGAAAGAUAAACAAAUGCAAAAAAUUGGAAACAUAGAGGCAGAGAAAUAUCUAGAACAAACCAGUGAAAGAGUUGUUGAAAAUAUCGAUUCUGAAGAAACUAUUCUGACGAUAAAGACAAACAGAACUGUCAUCAACAAAAAAUGUAUAGACAAUGCCAAUAAGGACCGUGCCACUCUCUCACAAGAAGCAUUCAUGGGAGAAGUAUCGAGAGAUGCCGACAAGAGAUAUAAAGAUAAAUUAGUGAGGAAAGAAAAAAUGGAAACGUUCAAAAAACAAGCGAAUUUAGCCUUCAGAAGAGGAGAGUUCGAAAAAUCUUUGAUACUUUACGACAAGGCUAUAGAUCAAAUAAAAGAUAGCUGCCUCUUGUAUAACAACAGAGCCCUAACUUGCAUCAAUCUGGGGCUGUACCAGCGGGCCAAGGAAGACUUGAAAUGGGCCCUGCGGUUGAACGAGGAUUGUCUGAAAUCGUGGUUGCUCUUGGCUAAAGUCCAUUUUCAAGAGAAGAAUCACGAAGAGUUUGCUGCGGCGAUAAAGGAGGCGAUAGAUAGGAAUCCACGAGAUGCAAACUUCAUCAAAGAAUACGCCGAGGACUUGGAAAAGGCAACGCGGGCUCCUCCAUCCACAAACGACGACGAUGCAUCUCAACAGAGAUUAUAAAUCUCUGAUCUCAAGUGGCCCAUUAGGAAGCCAGGCCGGCCGGAUCUAAACAUUUUCCGUCUAUUUGCGCCCGAGCUUCAGUUUGAUACGUCUGAUCCGCUGCGACCACACGUGUACCCCUUUUUCCAAUUUGAUACGUUGUUAUACAAUGUAAUUUGAAACGGUCGUCUGACCUACUUACUAAUUUUAUGUCUGGUUGUUUUCUACUUGUUAGAUUUGAGCACUUGUCUAGGACCAGUCUAGCGACACCACCAAUUAUUACAGCGUUUUUCUCUAGAGAAUAAGAGAGUGUUCUCAAGAAAUUCUUUCAGAAUUGAAGAUUAAUUGUCUCAUCAUUACUACAGUAUGAUCA